AUGGCCAGCCCCAUUAAUACUCAUCCAGCUCUUCACCAUAGCCAGCUCCAUCAAUCAUCAUCAAGCUCUUCACCACACCCAGCUCCAUCAAUCAUCAUUCCAGCUCUUCACCACAGCCAGCUCCAUCAAUCAUCAUCAAGCUCUUCACCACAACCAGCUCCAUCAAUCAUCAUCCAGCUCUUCACCACAGCCAGCUUCAUCAAUCAUCAUUCCAGCACUUCACCACAGCCAGCUCCAUCAAUCAUAAUCCAGCUCUUCACCAUAGCCAGCUUCAUCAAUUGUCAUCCAGCUCUUCACCAUAGCCAGCUCCAUCAAUCGUCAUCCAGCUCUUCACCACAGCCAGCUCCAUCAAUCAUCAUCCAGCUGUUCACCAUAGCCAGCUCCAUCAAUCAUCAUCCAGCUCUUCACCACAGCCAGCUUCAUCAAUCAUCAUUCCAGCUCGUCACCACAGCCAGCUCCAUCAAUCAUCAUCCAGCUCUGCACCAUAGCCAGCUCCAUCAAUCAUCAUCCAGCUCUUCACCACAGACAGCUUCAUCAAACAUCAUUCCAGCUCUUCACCACAGCCAGCUCCAUCAAUCAUCAUCCAUCUCUUCACCACAGCCAGCUCCAUCAAUCAUCAUCCAGCUCUUCAUCAUAGCCAGCUCCAUUAUUCAUCAUCCAGCUGUUCACCACAACCAGCUCCAUCAAUCAUCAUCCAGCUCUUCACCACAACCAGCUUCAUCAAUCAUCAUCCAGCUCUUCAUCAUAGCCAGCUCCAUUAUUCAUCAUCCAGCUCUUCACCACAGCCAGCUCCAUCAAUCAUCAUCCAGCUCUUCACCACAACCAGCUUCAUCAAUCACCAUCCAGCUCUUCAUCAGAGCCAGCUUCAUCAAUCGUCAUCCAGCUCUUCACCACAGCCAGCUCCAUCAAUCAUCAUCCAGCUCUGCACCAUAA